GGCUGCGGGGUUGCGCUCUUCCUCACCUCUCUGCAAUGAACUUGUUAUUUCCAUCCGAGCUCUCACCGCCCGCCUCCGCGCUCUCUCUCUCUCUCUCUCUGUCUCUCUCUGACUCUCUCUCUGUCCAUCUCAGCGCGUCAGGGCCGCAGCUCCCAUGCGCUCUUCAGUUCCUUUAAACGUCCUCGCUCUCUCUUUUGGAUAAAUGGAGACAACUUGAGGCUCUUGGAUUUAUGGUGAAACAACCGGUUUAGUGAUCAAAACAACAACAACAACAACAAAAACAACCACAACAAAACUACAAAAACAAACAGGCUACCACGCCUCGGAGUUUGAGUCCCUUUCCACUCUUCGGACUAUCCGCGGCUCCCCAGGGUGUAAGAGAUGGAAAACGGUGCAUCUGAUGAUGUGGAGGCGCUGUGGGAGAAGGUGGAGUGUAAGCGUUAUGAACUGUGUCGGACCAUCUCCCCGGCAAAGCUCACUCCUUACCUUCGCCAGUGCAAAGUCCUGGAUGAACAGGACGAGGAUGAGAUUCUUAACUCUAUGCUGCUGGUCUCCAAAGCAAAUCGCACAAGCCGCCUACUUGACAUCCUCCACACUAAAGGAGAGCGGGGGUAUGUCGCGUUUCUGGAGAGUCUUGAGUUUUACUACCCUGACCUGUACAAGCUGGUCACAGGGAAGGAUCCCACUCGACGCUUCUCCACCAUCGUAGUGGAGGAGGGUCACGAGGGUCUGACCCAGUUCCUGAUGAACGAAGUCAUGAAGCUGCAGCAGCAGUCUAAAGUCAAGACCCUGCAGCACGUUGAGCUCAGCAGGAAGAACUGCACCCUGGAGGACGAGCAGAAGAAGCUACGGCUGGCCAAUCAGGAGCUUCAGGCCUUCCAACAGAGGUACAAUAAGUUAAGAGAAGAGAGAAACACCUACAGCGAUGAGCUGCUGAGAGUGAAGGAUGAAAACUACAAACUGGCCAUGAGGUACGCGGCGCUGAGUGAGGAGAAAAACAUGGCUGUGAUGAGGAGCCGGGACUUGCAACUAGAGAUUGAUCAGCUGAAGCACCGGCUGAACAAGGUGGAGGAGGAGUGUAAGAUGGAGAGGCGGCAGAGUCUCAAGCUGAAGAAUGACAUUGAGAACCGGCCAAAGAGAGAGCAGAUAUUUGAGCUGGAAAGAGAAAACGAAAUGCUCAAGAUCAAACUACAGGAUCUGCAGUCCAUCAUACAGCCUGGACCCCUACCUGCAUCAGACAAGGCCAUCCUUGACAUUUUGGAACAUGACAGACAGGAAGCACUGGAAGAUAGACAGGAUCUGGUCAACCGUCUCUACAACCUCCGUGAAGAAGUCAGACAAGCAGAGGAACUACGAGAUAAGUACCUGGAGGAGAAAGAGGAUCUCGAGCUGAAGUCCUCCACACUGCAGAAGGACUGUGAGAUGUAUCGCAACCGAAUGGACACCAUCACCAUACAGCUAGAUGAGGUGGAGAAGGAGAGGGAUCAGGCGUUUCGAGCCAGAGACGAGGCCCAGCACCAAUUCUCCCAGAGUCUCAUUGACAAAGACAAAUAUCGCAAGCAGAUCAGAGAGCUGGAGGAGAGGAGUGAUGAACUGCAAAUUGAGAUUGUACGCAAAGAAGCCAAGCUAGUCACAUUGGAGUCUCGCCUAAGACGGGUGUCCAAGGACGUUGUGUUGGACCAGAGUCUGCCGAGGGACCUGCCUCCGACCAUUAUCUCUCAGGGGGCGGAGAUCAAAUCAGAAUGGUCAAGCGAUGAGUCGCCAGAGGAUAAGUUUUUAUCUGAGGAGCCUCGCCUCAAACGCAGACCUAAUCUCAAAGCAGGGAUCAGAGUUAAGUCUCCUGUCUGUGUAGCCAAAGACCUUCAAGUCAACUCAGAAGCAACUCAACCUGCAGCUCUGUCAGUCAACGGAGGAGAUUGUCUGGAAAUCCAAAUGCCAAACUCGCAUGUCAACAGCCACUCCCUCCCUGCCUCCCCCAGCAUCCCGAUAUCCCCCACACAUCCACUCUACUCAGCCCCCCAACUCUCGUACCCCUUCUCCCCAUCCCCCUCCCCCCUCCCCUUAGGGGAACAGUCCAGCAGACCAAAUAUGCUGCGUUACCGUAAUGACAGCAUCCUGUCUACGCUCCCCGAGCCGCCAGAGAAAGCAUCACUUUACCGCAGAGAGAGGGAGAAGGAACAUGACUUCGUACCCCGCAGCCCCUUGGACUUUGAUAGUGACAACAUGGAGUUUGAGGACGAAGUAAAUUGUGGUCCACCUUCAGUCCACUCAUCCUCCUCGUCCCAUCAGUCCGAAGGAAUGGACACCUACGACCUGGAGCAGGUCAACAAUAUCUUCAGGAAGCUCUCUCUGGAGAGGCCGUUCCGUCCGUCUCUGUCCUCCUUCUCUAGGAUCAGCUCUUCCCUGAAGCCGGUGCAGGAGCUGUCAUUGCUAGGUGACAACCUACUGAAGGAGAUCACUCUGAUUGGUGGCAACGACAGCGGGAUUUUCAUCUCAUCCGUACAGUCGGGCUCCAACGCUGAGAAGGCGGGGCUACGAGAGGGCCACCACCUCCUGUUGCUUGAAGGAUGCGUACGUGGGGAGAACCAAAGCAUUUCAUUGGAUACCAGCACUCAGGAAGAAGCCCACUGGAUGCUGCAGCACUGCUCUGGACCAGUCAAGCUGCACUAUCGUGCCAACUAUGACU